AUGAAGACGAGAAAAUUAUGCAUCAAUGAAUGCAUUCCCUAUGUGCAGAAGUACGCAUGGGGUAAAGGAAAAGAUGGGAUGGUUUAUGAAAUUAUGAAAAACAUAGUUAAGGAAAAUUAUGAUAUGAUUAAAAAGGGCACUGGUAACAUAGAUUACUUAAAGGAAUACAAUAUUGAGAGUGAGGAGAGUAAGAACAAUAGUAAAAAUAAUAGUAGUAAUAGUAAGAAUAAUAGUAAUACGGAUGGACGACAUUUAGAUGGAACAGCCAUCGAUGAAACGAAACGAAAAGAAGAGAUUAACAAAGGAGGAGAAAGCGGUUCAAAUACGAAUAUUAAUAAAUAUGAUUCAAAUGAAAAAUAUGCAGAAUUGUGGAUAGGAAAUCAUGAGAAAGGUCCAAAUUUAGUUCUUUAUAAAAACAGUUUUAUAAAAAUUGAAGAAUUUAUAAAAAUUUUUGAAAAUAAAAAAUACAGAAAAAGUAGUAAACUUGUGAAUUACUUUUAUAAAAAAGGAGAUGAUAAAAAAAAUAAACCGAUUGACAAAAAUGAAUUAACCAAAUCUGAGGGUGUAAACAAUAACAUAGAUAUCAUUAACAACAUUAAAAAUAAUGAAAACAGUAGCAGUAGUAACAAUAACAACAAUAGCAGUAGUAACAAUAACAACAAUAGCAGUAGUAACAAUAACAACAAUAGCAGUAGCAAUAAUAACAAUAUCAUCAGUACUCCUAGUAAAGAGGCGGGUGUAAAGAGACCAUCAGAUGCUGAAUGCGCAUCUUUAAAAAAUUAUUCUUUAUAUGAAACGUAUGAAAUGGUAAAUGAUACAGUAGAUAUAAAUACACUCUUCCCUUACCUUUUUAAAAUGUUAUCUAUAUCGAAACCGUUAAGCAUUCAAAUACAUCCUAACCAAACGCAGACUUUAUACCUUAAUACGGUGAACCCACUUUUAUAUAAAGAUAAAAUUUUUAAAACGGAAAUGUGCGUUUGUAUUAAUUCGAUGAGUUUACUUUGUGGUUAUAUGAAUAUAUUCAAAAUAGCGUUUUUAAUAAAAAAUAUAAAUGAGCUUUAUAACUUCUUUCUUGUGAGGAAUCAGGGUGGAAAUGGCCAAGGAGGACAAGAAAUAUUAGUAGGUGGUAGAGAAGGAACAGAAGGAGGAAAAGGUAAGGUAGGGGAAAUGAAUAGUAGUAAUACAGUUUUAGGAAAAGAUCAUAAUAUAGCACAAAAAAAACGUGUAGGCAAUGCAGUAAAAUGUAAUACAAAAGUGAAUAGUGAAAAACCGAAAGAUAUAUUUCUCUUGUUUGAUUUAUUUCAUACAAAAAAAGAUGAGCAUAUAGAUGAGAUUUUGAACAUGUUAUCACGUAUAUAUGUAUAUAUAAUUAAUUAUUCUUUAAAAAGAGCAAAUGGACCAUGUCAUGAUAUAAUAUCUGUUGUGGACAAUUAUGCAGAGUGCAUUCAAAAAUAUGUUUUUGAUGAGAACUUUUUUUCAUCAUUUCACAAAAAUGAUAAUUUUUUAAAAGAAAAUUUUAACUUAGGAAAUUUGAUAAAAACAGAAAAGGAGAAGCUAUGUACUCUUUUAAGUGAGCACAAAAACAUUUUAGAUUUUAACGAUUCCGACAUUGACGAGGAUUCCGACAAGCAGAAAAUAGUUUCUGAUGAGGUCCAGCGCUCUAUGGGUAAUGGCAACUUGCUGGACGCUUCCAAUGCAGAGAAUACAAGUGUGCAGGAAGGCGCGAGUGGAGGAGCAAAUGUAGAGACAAAUGUAACAGCUAGCGCUAGUGCAAAUACUAGCAGGAUUGAUGGAGAAGCCGAUAACCAGAAUGAACAGAGUGAAAGCGACGAGCCUGCAUUCGAGAAUGUAAAGAAAAUAAAAGCUUUUUAUGAACACAUGUAUAAAUACGUAACGUACCGAAUACUACUUGUUGAAAAUGAUGCUUUGAAUAUCUGUGUGAACACGAUAAUAAGAGAUAAUGAAAAAUAUGCUUCAUACAUAAAAGAGGAAAAAGUGUUUAAGAAAAAACCCGAAGAAUUAUAUGCAGAUAUAUGUAAAAAAAAAAAUUACGAAAAUGUAUGUGAAGAAACAGAAAAAUAUAUUAUUAACAGCAUAUUUGAAAUACUAAAUAAUGUUUCUAAAUAUUAUCCGAAUGAUGGAGGGAGAAUAUUUAUUUUUAUUUUACAACUCUUAAAUUUAAAAGAUGGUGAUGUUGUGUAUAUAAAACCGGGAGUUAUUCAUUCAUACAUUUCUGGACAUUGUUUAGAAUGUAUGACAAACUCAGAUUUAGUAAUUAGAGGAGGGUUAACGAAUAAAGAAAUAGAUAAAUUAAAUUUUAUUAAAUAUGUUAAUUAUAAAAAUAAUUAUCCAGUUAUAUUAGAAAAAGAAUUCAUUAAUUAUAAUAUAAUAUCAUAUAGUUAUCAUAAAAUGAAGCAUUUUAAAAUUUUAUUUAUAAAAGUUAGACCAGAUGAAUCAGUUAAUUAUUUGUUCUCUUACACGAGUUUUACUUCUUGUAUUGUUUUGGCUUCUAAUAAAAAAGUUAAAAUCAAAGGAAGAAAAAAUGAAAAAAAAAAAGCCAGUAUUAAAAGUGUAAAAAAAGGCACUGUCUUUAUUAUAGCUCCAAAUAUUAUGGUAACGAUAUGUAAUUUAUAUUCUAAUGAGGAAGAUGGUGAUAAGGAAUUAGUUUUGUACUGUGCCACAUCCCGAUAA